AUGGGUAACCAGACGAGUCGAGUGAUUGAAAAGACCAAAGAAAGACGAAGCAACAAGGUGCGACGACGCAGCACUGCAACGCUUGGUACUAGGUCACAUUCGUCAGUCUCUAUUUCGCAACAUUCAUCCUCGCACGGCAACUAUGACUGGAUCGAAACGCAAACGUCAUCGGGUAGUGGUGCCAUUGACACUGCUGUGGCCGUGGCUACUGUAGCAGCAUCCUCUUCUUCUUCCUCGUCUUCACAACACCACCACCACCACCAUUCACAUUAUCCUAAUACGAGCAAUAAUACGUCCCCAUCCAACAACAACACCCACCCUAAUGAUACCUUGCGAACUGAGAUGCCUCGACGUAAAUCCAUUAGUGAGGUUCUCAACAAACGUAAAGGCAGUUUUUCACGUACAACCAUGUCGCAGGACGACUUUAGAGAAUAUGAUCGUCUUCAACGUCAGCAUUACUUGUUGAAGAGUGCUCGAAAAACCAAUGCCCAUGCACCCAUUCAAGAUCCCGUCACUAUCCUUGACUUGGGUACAGCUGGCGGAAUUUGGGCCCUGGAGAUGGCUGCCAUGUUACCCAACACUCAAGUCAUUGGCAUUGAUAUCAAACCACCUGCCAUUCAACAACAAGCGGGUGGACCCAAAAACUUGAAGUAUAUCCAAGCCAACAUUAAUGAGAAUUUACCCAUGAGUGAUAACUCUGUAGACUAUAUAUUCCAACGAAGCAUGGGUCAAGUGAUUCGCAAAGACAAAUGGCAACAUGUCCUUUCAGAAAUGUAUCGCAUCUUACGACCUGGUGGAUACAUUGAAUUGGUGGAAGCUGAUUUAUGGCAUCACAACCCGGGUCCUGUGCAACAAGCAUUCGAUACCUUUAUGCAAGAGCAAUGUACAGAAUGGGGAUUAGAUUUCGUCUUUACCGAGACCUUGAGUCAACGCAUUGAAGAAGCUGGUUUUGAUGUCAUUGAAUACAAGGUUUUAGAUAUUCCUAUUGGUGAAUGGCCCAAAGAUUCAGAACUCAAGCAAUUUGGGUUUAUCAAUAAGGAAACACAAAAGGCAUACCUGAGGAAUCGUAAACAGUUCUUCACAUUGACAUGGGGAAUAUCAAGCGAGGAUUAUGAUAUGGCUGUACAGGAAGUCAUGGAAGAAUUUGAAGAUUAUCAUGGCUUUACUCGCUUCAAUUGCUGGAUAGCCAAAAAGGCAUGA